AUUGAUUAUUCAACAACCUUAUCUUUUUUGCUUGGUCUUAAAGUGUUAAGACAGCAACAACCACAAAACCUUAUCUUCCAUUUCCUUCCCUUCUAAUAAUUGUUUAGCUUAUGUUUCCUUCUCUAUCUCUCUUUGUGUUGUGCAUCAAUGGGAGGCUGUUUCUCUGUCUCAGUGUCAUGUGAUCAAGUGGUGAAUCAAGUCUUCCAAUGUCUAUGCCUCAAAGGAAGUUAUAUCCACAACCUCCCCCAGAAUCUACUGACUCUCCAGAAAGCCAUGGGAGCUCUCAAGGCGAAGAGAGAUGAUGUUCAAAGGAAGGUAGAGAGAGAAGAGUUUACUGGACAGCGCCGAAGGCUUGAUCAAGUCCAGGUAUGGCUUACGAGUAUCCUCACAAUGGAAAACCAAUAUAAUGAGCUUCUUAGUACUAGUGAGCUCGAGCUUGAAAGGUUGUGUCUUUGUCGAUUAUACUCUAAAAAUGUGAAAAAGAGUUAUCUUUAUGGGAAAAGAGUUACGGGUAUGCUGGAGGAAGUCAAGAGUCUUAGUUCUCAGGGAGAAUUUAAUGCGGUGACUGAUGAAACUCCUAUAGCGGAGGGUGAAGAGUUGCCUAUCCAACCAACCAUAGUUGGUCAGGAAACAAUGCUCGAAAUGUUAUGGAACCGUCUGAUGGAAGAUAGAGUUGGGAUUGUUGGUCUGUAUGGUAUGGGUGGGGUUGGCAAAACCACCCUUCUCACGCAGAUCAACAAUAGGUUUUCUGAAAGAGGGCAUGGAUUCGAGGCUGUGAUAUGGGUUGUGGUGUCACAAAAUGCAACAGUCCAUAAGAUUCAAGGGAGCAUCGGUGAAAAGCUAGGCCUUGUGGGGAAAGAGUGGGACGAGAAAAGUGAGAUGAAGAGAGCUCGAGACAUCCACAACGUUCUUAGGAAGAAGAAGUUUGUGUUGUUUCUGGAUGAUAUGUGGGAGAAAGUGAAUUUAAGUACGAUUGGAGUCCCAUAUCCGAGCAGGGUAAAUGGAAGCAAAGUAGCAUUUACCACACGCUCUCGAGAUGUGUGUGGAGGCAUGGAGGUUGAUGACCCGAUCGAAGUCCGUUGUCUGGACACGGACAAAGCCUGGGAUUUAUUCAAAAAGAAAGUCGGGGAAAACACGUUGGGAAGCCACCAAGACAUUCCCGAGCUCGCAAGGAAAGUCGCUGGUAAAUGUCGUGGCCUACCAUUGGCACUUAAUGUUAUUGGUGGAACUAUGGCGAGCAAAAACUCAGUACAAGAGUGGCGUCGAGCAGUUGAUGUGUUGACUUCAUCUGCGACAGAGUUUUCAGGCAUGGAAGAUAAGAUUCUUCCGAUAUUGAAGUUUAGCUACGAUAGUUUGGAUGGUGAGAUGACCAAGUCAUGUUUUCUAUAUUGCUCUCUGUUUCCUGAAGAUGGUCUCAUUUAUAAGGAGGAACUGAUAGAGUACUGGAUAGGUGAAGGGUUCAUAGAUGAGAAGGAAGGUAGAGAGAGGGCAAUGAACCAAGGUUAUGAGAUACUCGGGACCCUUGUCCGUGCAUGUUUGUUGUUGGUUGAGGAAAUAAGAUACGCAGCCGAAGAAUAUGUAAAAAUGCAUGAUGUGGUGCGGGAGAUGGCCAUGUGGAUAGCUUCGGAUCUAGGAAAGAAUAAAGAAAGAUGUAUCGUACAAGCUCGUGCCGGGAUACGUGAAAUACCCAAAGUGAAGAACUGGAAAGAUGUGAGAAGAAUUUCGUUGAUGGAAAAUUAUAUUCAAACCAUAUCUGGGAGACCUGAGUGUCCUGAACUUAUAACUCUCAACCUUCGAGAAAACCGCUCUCUGGAAGAGAUAUCAGAUGUAUUCUUUCAGUCUAUGCCAAAGCUUCUGGUUUUGGAUUUAUCAGAUUGUAUUCUCAGUGGAUUUCGAAUGGAUAUGUGCAAUCUGGUUUCCUUGAGAUACCUUAACUUGUUAGGGACAAAGAUAUCAGAAUUACCUUUUGGUUUAGAACGGUUGAAAAUGCUAACACAUCUGAAUUUGGAGGGGACGAGCCUUGAGAGUUUAGAAGGGAUAUCAGGAUUGUCAAGCUUGAGGACACUGAAGCUACGAGGUUGCAGAGUGCGGCUAGAUAUGAGCCUCAUGAAGGAGCUGCAGCUCUUACAACAUAUAGAGUAUAUAACCGUAAGUAUCUCGUCAAGUACUUUGGUUGGGGAGAAAUUGUUCCAUGACCCCAGAAUUGGAAGAUGCAUCCAACAUGUUCGUAUUGAGGAGUUGUUUGGGGAAGAGCGAGUAAAAGUAAUAGUUUUGCCAUCUUUGGAUGGUCUCUGUGAACUCUUCAUACGCAGGUGUGAAAUGUUGGAGGAGAUAAAGAUAGAGAAGACACCAUGGAACAAAAGCCUGUCAAGUCCAUGCUUCUCAAACCUCACUCAAGUAGAUAUACAAUCUUGUAACGGUCUAAAGGAUUUGACGUGGCUGUUGUUCGCUCCGAACCUUGCUCAUCUUCGUGUGGCUGACUCAGUGCAACUAGAGGAGAUAAUAAGCAAAGAGAAAGCUGAGAGUGUUUUAGAGAAUAAUAUUAUUAUUCCUUUCCAGAAACUAGAAUUUCUUUACUUGACCGAUUUGCCUGAGCUGAAGAGCAUCUACUGGAAUGCUCUGCCAUUUCAACGUCUGAGAAAACUCUACAUACGCAGUGACUGUCCGAAGCUGAGAAAGCUUCCUCUGAAUUCUAAAAGCGUCCUUAACGUUGAAAAGUUGGUCAUAGAGUGCCAUGAUAAAGAAUGGUUAGAAAGAGUUGAAUGGGAGGACGAUGCCACAAGACUCCGUUUCUUACCUUUAUGUACGACCCACAUGAUCUUCUAAACUGUUUUUCUGUUUCUCUCUUUUUCUUCUUCUGAAAUUGUAUUUUGCCUACUCUGUUUCUUCUACCUCUGUAUGAUUAUGUGGAUGGUUUGCAUGAUCACUCAUAUUAUCUAGGAAAUUUGUCUUAUGAAAAAGCUUGAUUUUAAACUGUGUUAAA